UCCAGGACUGAAUUUACCCAUCACGUGUCUCGUAUCUCAGCCACCAUCUCCUCCACCAAGUCCAUCAGGACAACCACACACGUUCACGUCCUCGCGCACAUUUAUGCUAGUACUAUUUCAUAUCUACUACUUCGAUAUUUUUUGAUUGUUUUUUGUUUUUCCUGGGUCACUCUGUUUUGUGAUCUGGAGCACAAUCGUCGUACAUCACAUCUUGCCCCCUAUAAGAUACAGUUCAGAGAAGCAAGAGUGAGAUUCGUCCUUUUUUCCUUUUUUAUGGUUUUUGAUCUUGUGAAUUUUCAGCGGGGAAAAGAGUGCAGUGAUUCUGUUUUGUUCCAUAUUUCGUCUCCUCGCAGCUCUAAAACUAAGUUUGGAUGUGCCAGAGUUUUUCACGGUAAUUCAAAAUGGGAGGUGUACUGCAAAAGGGUGAAUCUCCGAAGGCUUAUUUACCUGAGACAAAGCUUGAGGCCAAAAUCGUUGGGGCAAUGCAGAGGAGAGAAAGUGAAGGCAGCUCUGCUAAAUCUUUCAACAGCAUAAUCUUGAAAUUCCCCAAAAUUGAUGAGAAUCUCAGAAAAUGUAAAGCUAUAUUUCAGGAAUUUGACAUGGAUGGAAAUGGUGCCAUAGAUCCACAAGAACUAAAACAGUGUUUCAGAAAACUGGAGAUUAGUUUUUCAGACGAGGAAAUCAAUGAUCUCUUUGAAGCAUGUGAUAUUAAUGAUGAUAUGGGAAUGAAGUUCAAUGAAUUUAUUGUUCUUCUUUGCCUUGUCUAUCUUCUGAAGAAUGACCCUGCUGCUGAGCAUGCUAAAUCACGAAUUGGACUGCCAAAUCUUGAGGCUACAUUUGAAACGUUGGUUGAUGCUUUUGUAUUUCUGGACAAGAACAAAGAUGGUCAGGUCAGCAAGAAUGAGAUGGUUGAAGCAAUAAAUGAAACCACCUCAGGAGAGAGGUCAUCUGGGCGUAUUGCCAUGAAAAGAUUUGAAGAGAUGGACUGGGAUAAGAAUGGAAUGGUCAAUUUCAAGGAAUUCCUUUUUGCUUUUACUCGGUGGGUUGGAAUAGAGGAUAACGAUGAUGAUGAUGAUGAUGAAGGCGCCGAGGAGUAGGGAUGAUUAUAGUAUUUUGAAGUAUCUUAUUUCUAUCUCUAGGCAUAUUGAGGAAGACUUCGGAGUAAAUACUUUGUGAACAAUGUGAUCUCGACUGCAAUAGGCUUUAGCUUUUCCAGUAAUAAGUUAGUAAAUUUGAACGCUGAACUGAUCAUGGUUAUCAAAUCUCACCACUCCAAAUUCCUAUUGUAUAUACUCUGUGACUGUAAAUGGAGAUCCACUAUGCCUAAUUUUGAGCUCUGCGUUGAAUUGUUGGAGGUCCACUAUUUUGAGCUCUCUGUCGAGUUGCUGCAUCCACUGCCUCCUGAAGUUGUUUAUUAGCUAAACUUCUUUAGCUAAAAUCAUGCUUACUACGAGAAUCUUUAGCAUUCAAACUUCUAUGAAGUGUUUGUAGACCCUUUUUUUGUCACAGAUGAUGUGUUCUUGAAGUGUGCCACAUGGAAGUCGACACUUGUAUCUCUCCACCAUUGUAAAGCAUAAAGCAUACCAUAAAUAGAUUUUAUCA